AUGGUGCAAGCACGGCAAACACAACAGAUUUCAGAAAGCCAGCACGUUUUGGAGGUUCAGAAGGCUCCAAUACCUGGAGAAAUUGCAGAACCUCCAGAGGCCCCAGAAGCUCAACUGGCUCAAAGUCUUCCAGAGGUCCGGCUUUCAUCGCAGGAGGUGGAACAAGUGCUGCAGCGACCUGAAACGACCACUGUUAUCACAGUCAAGAAGCCCACGGAGGGAGUGGGCUGCUCGGACAUCAAGCUGAACUUCGACGACCCAACCGAACCUCUGGCCAUUGUGAACAUAAUGGGAACUAAAGAAGUUGAAACGGUCCCGGUAGUGGAACCGGAGAAGAAAAAGGACGACCACCAAAAAAUCAAGCGAAAAGCUCGACUCAGGCGAGGAGAUAGAAGUUGGGGCAGACGGUCUAGAGAAAGAUCGAUGGCCUACAGUGAUGAAAACAGUGGUAGCAGCAGUGACAGCGGCGUCGUCAAUGAGGUCGGCCGUCUUGCCGAAAAGCUGUACCAUAGCAAGCUCUGCCACCACUCUAGCACACACGCCGUUCCAGACGACAGCAAUGGAAACUGCUGCAACGAAGCAAGUGACUCCGAAGACGCACGCCGUGGCUAUUCCUCUCGGUCCAAACGAAAGCGCAGGGGUCGAACUAUGAGGCAUGAAAGUCAUAGUUCCACUUUGCGCUGCUCAUCGUGCGGACACCAAGCGCAGGUCAGCUCCGACCUACACGAUGACGGCCUUGGAAAUUGUGAAGCGCGUGUGAGCUCUAUCCAUAAACAUGAUAAGCACCUUAUAUACAAGAGCGACGCUGGCCCUGGGAGUGGUAGCCCCGAACAAGGCAUUCCUCCCGCACUUCCCGCACUCCCUCCCGGCGAAGAACCCUCAAGUGUCGAAAGUCCUCAAAACAAUGGCAACAUCAACUUUGGCACACGGGAUUCCGGUCAAGGUCACAUCCCCUGUCAGAAUGGACCAAGUGGCUAUGCAGACGGACCUGCUGUGUACGCUUCCCUCCCGAGUCCCGAUCGAAGAGCCCGGUUCGGUGAGCCAAUCUAUAUUGACACUGACGGUAGACCGUUCACCUACACACGACAGUGUAUGCCUCGUCAAACUCCAUACCAUGGCGGUUUCUCGCCCCACCACGAAUUUUCUCCCUUUCAGCAAUCAUACAUCGCGCGGUAUCCAGACGGUGUUCCGAUACCACUUUCCCAAGAUAUGCCGCCACAUCCUUACCUGAUGCCUCACCAGAACUUCUUGCCGUAUAGUCAGUCGGCUUACCCGAUCCCACCGCCGCAUUGGCAAAUUCCUCAUACAUACUAUGACUCCCACCAAGCACCCAGCGGCUACUUCACAGGAAGCUAUCAUCAGCGGUACGGGACACGGACCUGCCCCGGACGCCCAAGUGGCAAGUCUCGGUCUCGCGAUCAAGACAUGAUGCAAGACAGCAGACAAAAUGGCAAGGAAAGGUGCGGUUCGAGUCAGUGGAAUGCUAACGGGAACCAAAGUAGCGGAUGGGGCAACGGCGACGAAGCAAAUGCAACUACUGGUGGUGGUAACGAAAGGAAUAUUGGGAAUGCCACUACUGAUGACGUUAAGGGGAGUGGAGGCGACAAUAAGACUGGUGGUAGUAGUGCUAAUGAUGCCUGGGGAGACGUUUUCGGGAAAGGGACGGGAAACUACAAUUGGGGUUGGGCUAUUAAUGACAACGAAGAUGACGGUGGAAACAGUACCAGCAAAGGUGUAGACAACCAAGACACCUUGCAGUCCAAUACUGGCAAUAUCGACAACGGUAACAACCAUUGGACCAACUGGGGCACUGGAAAUACCAGCACGGGAGAUUCAUGGACUGGCGGUGGUGACAGCACCGGAAAUGGUUGGGGCAAUGACGAGGCCAAAACUUCCCAUAGGGGUGGAAACAGGAAAAGAGGCGCGCAGCGAUCUAAUAAGAUCCAUCCCAGCAGCAAGCAUGGCAAGAAAAAGGUUUCUUGGGGGGAACACAGCGAAACCGUUGUCAACACAGACCACAAUGGUGACUGUUCCAACGCUGCUGACAACACGAACGCCGACUGUUGGGGUGACAGUGGGGGCAGUGAUUGGUGUGAAGAAACCCAUGGCGGCCACAAAACCAAUGAGACAAAUAACAAUGUCAGUUGGGGCGGCGAUGUGAACGAGAACUGGAGCAAUAGCUGGAGCAAUACCGGUGCCACGAAUGACACCUGGGACCAGUCUUCUAACAACAAUGACGGCGGUGGUUACAAGGACCCCUGGAUAGACCUCGACAGCGACACGAAUGAUGCUGGCGGCAACGACAACCAGAGAAACGACAACAAUGUUAACGAUUCGAAUUGGGCCCGGGAUUACAAUAAACCAGACACCAACAGCAGCCGCAACAAGGAUGAUUUCGAGCACGCCAACAAUGACUUACAGAAACCUGGCAGCGGUGAUGGGAGAAAGCGGCGAGACAGUGGUGCUGGACAUAAUAUUGAUGGCGCCCGCUUUCGCAACUGGACAGCAAAAGACCAAGCCCUUGCUUGCAGCCUGAACGCGCAACUCAAACCCAACCCCUUCACCGACCAAUGGUCCGCGCUGCAGCAAGUGUUUUUUGAAGAAACAGGCAAAUUUGUCACACGGGAGGAGCUUGCUUACCAUAUCGCAGGAAUAAAAGUUGGAAAUAAGGGGAGCCGAGUAGGAGGGAACGGGUGGGACAGAGAAUCUGAAGGGAACGAAGACAACAUUGGGGUAGGGGAUAAUAUCAAGUGGUAG